UAUCAGAUUAUAUUACCAGCGGAACUCCCGUAAAUUUAUAUUAAAUAGAAGUAAAAUUCGAAAAUAAAUUUUACUGUGUCUAGUACAUUAAGGAAAAAGAAAAACACUCAUAAAUUCAUUACCCAUUUUAUACAUGUUUUUAAACAGACUUGUUCGCUUUAUAGAGUUUAGCAGUAACUGUCAUACUUCUGUCAAAGGAUUUAUUGGACCGAUACUUCCGAAAAGGUCCACAGGAUUUAUUGGACCGUUAUUGCCGAAACGGUACACAGAAUUUAUAGGAUCGAUAUUGGUGAAACGGUAUUCAACUUCCUGCAAUAAGAUGUUCGAAUUAAAAAACAUAGUGAGCAAGUUAGAUGAAUUGGCUCCAUUAUCGCUAGCAGGAUCGUGGGAUAAUGUUGGGUUAUUGAUUGAACCCGCAGUCACAAAACCUGUGGAAAAUGUAUUUUUUACCAACGACUUAACCGAAGAUGUACUCGAAGAAGCAACAAUCGCAAAUGCCAAUCUAAUUAUAUCCUAUCAUCCUCCGGUCUUUUCGCCCCUCAAGAGGAUCACAAACGAUACGUGGAAGGGACGUAUAGUUAGUGGAUGCUUGGCAAAAGGAAUUGCUGUUUAUUCACCACACACGUCGUGGGAUUCUGUUGACUGCGGACUCACUGACUGGUUGAUAAGUAUUUUUGAUGGUACUGUAACUCCAAUUCAACCGAUGACUGAAAAGCUAAAGUUUAAUUUUGUUGUAACUAUUCCAAAAACAAUACCAAAAAAUAAUGAAACGACACAUAGUGCUGUCAAGUAUGACAGAACAUACUUUGAACAAAAGUAUCAUUCUCAAUAUAACACAAAUUUUGUAAUUUCCAACGACUCCGCAGAUCAAAUUCAAAUAUUGUGCAACACAAAAUUCCUUAGUGAACUAAUGAUAAUUCAGUCAACUGAACGUGUAGCCCUACACGUCAAUAAGAAUGAACCGUUUCCUUCGUCUACAAAAGGCAAUGGACGAUACUGUCAAUUUAAAAGUCCACUUACGAUCGGCAAAGCCGUGGAUAUGCUAAAGCAACACUUGGGCGUUAACAAUUUAAUGCUAGCAUUGCCAAAAGGAAUGACAUUAGAAUCGACCAUCAAUUCAGCGGCAGCGGUCGCUGGUUCGGGGGCUUCUUUAUUGCACGGAGUUAAAGCCGAUUUGUACAUAACAGGAGAAAUGUCACACCACGAUGUGUUGGAUGCAAUACACAAUAACGUAGCAGUCAUAUUGUCCAAUCACAGCAACAGUGAAAGAGGAUAUUUAAAAGUCUUUGCCAAGAAGUUUCACACUCAUUUUCCAAAUUUACAAAUUACUAUUUCAAAAGCUGACAAAGACCCAUUAUUAUUUGUAUAGUUCACAUGCGUUCACUUGUCAUAGAAAUAUCAACACUAAAAAUAAAUUUCUAACCCAUUUUCUAGCAUCAUUGAAAAAUGGUAAACAGAGUUUGAAACUGAAAAUAAAACUCAUUAAUUUUGUAUUUAGUGUAUUGGUUAUUAAAAAAAUGCAUUUAUUGUUUGUGAAUAUAAUAUUGAGAUGAUAUA